CGCCUCCUCCUCCUCCUGUCAUCUCGGCGCACCACCACCCUGGUCAGUGCGGGGAACUAUUUUCUCUCGUAGCCGCGCUCUGCCGGAGCUGACUGAACCGCGCCAUGGGGAACAGAGACGACGAGUAUGAUUUCUUGUUCAAGGUCGUCCUUAUCGGAGACUCGGGGGUGGGGAAGAGUAACCUGCUGUCCCGAUUCACCCGGAACGAGUUCAACCUGGAGAGCAAGAGCACCAUAGGGGUGGAGUUCGCCACCCGCAGCAUCCAGGUGGACGGAAAGACGAUAAAGGCGCAGAUCUGGGACACGGCGGGACAGGAGCGCUACAGAGCCAUCACCUCAGCGUAUUACCGGGGAGCGGUGGGAGCGCUCCUGGUCUACGACAUCGCCAAGCACCUGACGUACGAGAACGUGGAGCGCUGGCUGAAGGAGCUGAGGGACCACGCCGACAACAACAUCGUCAUCAUGCUGGUGGGCAACAAGAGCGACCUGCGCCACCUCAGGGCCGUGCCCACCGACGAGGCCCGAGCCUUCGCCGAAAAGAACACCCUGUCGUUCAUCGAGACGUCAGCGCUGGACUCCACGAACGUAGAGGAGGCGUUCAAGAACAUCCUAACAGAAAUCUACCGCAUCGUGUCACAGAAGCAGAUAGCCGACAGAUCCGCGCACGACGAGUCUCCGGGUAACAACGUAGUCGACAUAAGCGUCCCGCCGACGACCGACGGCCAGAGGGGCAACAAACUGCAGUGCUGCCAGAGCCUGUGACGGCCAGCCUGACGACAUCCGCCCUCUUCUUCGCUACGUCCACGCCCUCAUCACGCCACCGGUGCACUUUUAUUUCCCCCGUAGCUCCCUUCAAAGCCAGCUCCCUCUCUUUACUUUAUCUCGCUCCAUUUAUUGUUUCGUCACUUCCCUCUGACUUGCGUUUCGUUUUUUUUUUUAUUUUCGUGGGAAUACUUUUAAAGUCACUUGUGCUCUUCUCUCCCACCAUGAGGGAUACAUUUCAGAAGCCUUUAACGUCGACUGAUCGGUCGAGUCGAUGGUGGAGUCCGAGUGAAGGUCCUGCCUCGGUGAAGCAUGUGAAGUGGUCUGAGCCCCACUGUAAAGCUGCAGCCAGCUUAGGGAAUGCAUUUCAGUGGCUGCCACUAGAUGGUGCUGUGUAAACGAACUAAAUAGAGUUACUCCAGCCUAAUGAAGCAGUAUUAAAUGUUUGACAGUGUGCUUCUUACUCCCAUCUGUCAUCAUGCCAAAAAAAAAAACUAUUCUCACUAAGUAUUUAUUGAAGACGAGUUGGCUUCGUUUGUCAUUGUCUUACUUUCAGUUGAUGAACUGUGUAAAUUUACAAUAAAAGUCUUGACUGAAGCA